AGUAUGCUCGAGAUCUGCUCCAUUCAAAUCCGUAGACAACUCAAUCAACCAGCCCGAAGGAGCACCGACGGCGCCAUCCCCUUAGUCCUUUAGGCCUCCUCCCGGGUGGUCAUGUGGCCUCGCCGCCAACACAUCAAAGAGAGCACAGCAGCAACAAAAGAAUACAGCGGCUAGCCAGCUCCGAUGCUCCUUCACCUGUUGAUACCAUGUUCCUGACUUAAGUAAGGGGCACCGACAAGUCUCAUGAUCUGCAAGUCGUAGUCAAUGGAACUGGCGAUCAAGUACCGGGUACAUUAUGGGCAGAGAAUUUUAGGGGGGAUGUUGAUGUACUUGUACUUGUACGCAGAUGAGCUGUCUUCGUCCUCGGCUUUGGGCUGCAGGAACACUGCGUCGUUUACCAUCGGUUUAUACCCCACCACCCCGGAGAUAAAACGAAAAAAGGUCGCUGGAACCUGGAACCGUUUCCGAGAUCCUGAUCAAAAUAUCAGACAGAUAGCAACCUUUUACCCUAGAAUUACAAAAUGUAAACUUCGAACUUGGUCCUGUGAUGCGUGCUAUUACUUAAAGGAAACCCGUCCAAGCUACCAGAACCUGGGGGCUAGACCAAAGUUCACACGUAACCUGCAUCGUCUCUCUCCCUAUUCGGGAAGGCAUGCAAGAUUAAGGGCGUGGCAGCCGGAAGACAAGAGGACUUCAUAUAAAACGAAGAUAAGAAGCGGCGAUUGAAAACUCAACGUUCCUUCCACGUCCAAGCCACCUCACCUCUUGUGCCUGCCUUUAAGAGACUUCAGUUGCAGUCUCCAGCGAGCUAAAGGAACACUUCAUCAAG